AUGGGCGGCGUUUGUAGCACGUGCUGCGGACAGCGCCGCAAGAACAACUACGAGCCCCUCCUCUUGGAAAACGAACGCGAGGCCGUUGCAGACCUCCUUCAGUACCUCGAGAACCGUAGCACGACAAACUUCUUCACCGGCUCACCGCUAGCCGCUCUUACAACCCUCUCCUUCUCCGACAAUGUCGACCUCCAACGGUCAGCCGCCCUUGCUUUCGCCGAGAUUACAGAGAAGGAGGUGCGCGAAGUAGGCCGUGACACCCUCGACCCCGUUCUGUAUCUCUUGACUAGCCACGACCCAGAGGUGCAGCGCGCCGCCAGCGCCGCCCUGGGCAACCUGGCCGUCAACGCUGAGAACAAGCUCUUGAUUGUGUCCCUCGGCGGCCUGGAGCCUCUUAUUCGCCAAAUGCUGAGCCCCAAUGUCGAGGUUCAGUGCAACGCCGUCGGCUGUGUCACCAACCUCGCCACUCACGACGAGAACAAGACUCCGAUCGCCAAGUCGGGUGCCCUUGUUCCCUUGACUCGGCUGGCCAAGUCAAAGGACAUGCGCGUGCAGCGCAACGCUACCGGUGCUCUUCUUAACAUGACUCAUUCUGACGAAAACCGCCAGCAGCUUGUCAACGCUGGUGCGAUCCCAGUCCUCGUUAGCCUUCUCAACUCGCCCGACACCGAUGUCCAGUACUAUUGCACUACCGCCCUUAGCAACAUUGCCGUUGAUGCCGCCAACAGAAAGAAGCUGGCAAUGACCGAGCCCAAGCUCGUGCAGAGCCUUGUUGCUUUGAUGGACAGUCAGAGCCUCAAGGUCCAGUGCCAGGCUGCCCUUGCUCUGAGGAACCUCGCCAGUGACGAAAAGUACCAAGUUGAAAUUGUCAAGGCAGACGGCCUGAAGCCUCUUCUCCGCCUUCUGCAUUCGUCGUACCUCCCUCUCGUUCUCUCUGCCGCCGCCUGCGUCCGUAACGUAUCCAUUCACCCGGCCAACGAGUCGCCCAUUAUCGAGGCCGGUUUCCUGCAGCCUCUUAUCGGCCUUCUGUCGUUCGAUGAGAACGAGGAGGUUCAGUGCCACGCUAUCUCGACUCUUCGCAACCUUGCCGCCAGCAGCGAGAGCAACAAGGGGGCCAUUGUUGAGGCUGGUGCCGUGGACCGCAUUCAGGAGCUGGUUCUGCAGGUUCCACUUGCAGUACAGAGCGAAAUGACUGCCUGCGUUGCCGUUCUGGCCCUAAGCGACAACCUCAAGCCCCAGCUCCUCGAGAUGGGCAUCUGCGAGGUUCUGAUCCCCCUCACCAACUCUCCCAGCGUGGAAGUGCAAGGUAACAGCGCUGCCGCCCUUGGCAACCUGUCUAGCAAGGCCGCCGAAGACUACGCUCCUUUCAACGCAGUGUGGAACAAGCCCGACGGUGGCCUCCACGCCUACCUGGUCCGGUUCCUCAGCAGCUCUGACACUACCUUCCAGCACAUUGCGGUUUGGACUAUCGUACAGCUUCUUGAGGCCAAAGACGCGCAGCUCACGAACAACAUUCGAAACUCGACCAUUCUGAUUUCGUCCAUCCGGCAACUGGCCGAGUCAGCACCGUCGCCUCAGCAUGGUGCCAUUCGCGACGGAAGGGGGUCGGACGACGACUUUGACGAGGAUGGCAUGUUCGAGGAUGGCGAGGGCGAGAUCUACAGCCUUGCCAAGCGUAUUUUGGAGCUGGUUGACAGUGACGACGCUGAAGUGAAGCCCGACAGUGCGCUCAGCGGUGAGGAGAGUGCCGGCGAGCAGUCCGAAGACCAUGCCGCUCUUCGUGCGAGCGUCCACCAGGCGCUCCGUGGUCAGUAG